AUGGAUACUUCUAUGCUAGCCCAAAGAAGUGUACCACCACCUACAUCAGAGCGACACCGUGUUGGCAGUGUGAGCUCGUCAGGGUCAUUACACCCGUCAGAUGAGCUAAGACCGCAGCUCAGCUCGUUGGACUCUUUACACCAUUCUGUGAUAACAGGGCGAGACUCCUCAGGCGCACCCAAAGACAAAAAAGCUAGAAGACUUAUGAAGCGGCAAUCGUCUCGGCCAACUUCUCCCCUCAUCUCCCCACCACCUUCCGUCGACUCACUACCCUUACCCAUAGCUACUGAUGAUGCGAAUAAAGUUCUGCUUCUCAUGAGAACCCUGUGCGGUCGGAUGCGCGGCGAGAUCGAGUACCAAGGCGAAACAGGCGGCCCCUGGCACAGUGGAGUGGCCUACAUCGAAGAAGAGAAGGGGUGUCUCAUGUUCGAUUCGGGUCAAAAUGGGCCCUUUCACAUCCCACUUGUUUCCGAUCUGCGUGGUUGCAGGGUCCUCCCUGUCGAUUAUCCCGAACUGACUAAAGAAUGUUUGGAGUUGGUUUGCCUGCAGCCUCAUAUCGAAAUCUUAAUAUGUCCUCGGCAAAUGGAGGAGUUUGAUUUAUGGCUGGCAGCUUUGCUAUGCUGGCAACAAUUACGCCCAACGGGUAUCAAGCUUUCCAAUGGUAAGCCGACUAACCAGGUUAUGCCAAUGAGACCGGAGCUCAGGAGGCAUGGCUGGUCUCAAGAGAAGAAUAAACCUACUAGUAUUAUCAAGGUCGGCAAGGUUAUGUUAUGGGAUAAAGGUCUGGCUGUCUCACCGAGGGCCAUCGUCAAACGGCCAUCAACAAGAGAUCUUCGUUCACCAACUACCUCGUGGAGGAGGGUCUCUUGCAUUCUCCAGGACGGCGGAGAGUUUAAGCUCAUGACAGAAAACGAUGUUACGGUCCUGUCCAUCAUCGACCUUUCACAACUUUCUCGUUGUGCCGUCCAACAACUCGAUCGCACAGUACUCGAUGAGGAAUACUGCAUUGCCAUAUUCCCAAUUUAUGCCACAUCAUCUACUCAUCUUUCCAUCUUCCGACCAGUGUAUCUAGCACUCGACAGCAGAGUUCAUUUCGAAGUUUGGCUGUGUCUCCUCCGAGCUUUUGCAGUACCAGAUAUAUAUCACCUCGACGACCCCAACACAUCACAAAUCUUGGAAGUAGACAAUAUCGAGGCCGAACAUGAGGGUGAAGUCUUUCGGAUUGAAAAGACGAUCAGUGUACGAGUGACUGAAGCCAAGAUCAAGGCCAGGCCAAGCGGGAUCGGUGGGGUUGAAUCAACAAUACACGAAAGACCAGGACGGCCAGAGCCUGAUCCUCUAAUGGGAAACUAUCUGGCCGAGGUCAUACUGGAUGGCGAAGUGCGAGCGCGGACGACGACCAAGACAGGGACGAAGAAUCCUUUCUGGAGAGAGGACUGCGACUUUACUGAUCUCCCACCUUCUACACCGUUAUUAUCUGUCGUGCUGAAGAGGGUAGAGGGAAAUCUGGAUAGUUCGAGCAACCUUCUUCAGGCUUCUGUAGGAUUGCCAAGAACGCGGAACUUGCAAGAGUUUGUGGUCGGAGCUGUUGAUCUUAGUCUGGAUCAGAUGGACCGUGGCAAGGAUAACGAACAAUGGCUUCAAGUAUUCGACGAGAAGCACCAGUCUGUUGGACAGAUGCUGAUCAAGGUGAACCACGACGAGCAUGUGGUUCUUCUGUCAAAGGAAUAUGAGCCUCUCAAAGACAUCCUACACCGGUUCCCAGCAGGAUUGACGAAUCAGAUUUCGGCUGUUUUGCCCGGACAUUUACGUCGACUGUCAGAGCUGUUUCUCAAUAUUUUCCAGACAUCCGGUACUGCUAGCGAGUGGCUCAUGGGCUUGGUGGAAGACGAAAUCGAUGGGAUUGGUAACCAGGCUUCUAUGAAGAAGUAUCGAUUCAGCAGUCGCCUCAAAUCCAACGACUCCGUUGACGCAGCGACUGAUCGUGAGCUCAUUGUACGAGAUAUGAGCAAGUCUCUUGCUGGAGAAGCGAACUUGCUCUUCCGUGGCAACUCACUACUAACGCAGUCUUUCGAGUUCCACAUGCGCCGCCUUGGCAAGGAGUAUAUGGAAGAGAUCCUGCAGGAGAAGCUUUUCGAGAUUAACGAGAUCAACCCGAACUGCGAGGUUGAUCCCAGCAAGAUUUCCAACGAGGCAGAUCUCGAUCAGCACUGGACUGUUCUCAUCCACUACACGACUGAAGUGUGGAAGUGCAUCGCCAACUCAGCCAACCGACUGCCCCCUGAGCUACGACACAUACUCAAGUACAUUCGAGCAGUUGCAGAGGACCGCUACGGAGACUUUUUGCGUACCGUCACAUACACGUCCGUGUCUGGUUUCCUGUUCCUUCGUUUCAUAUGCCCGGCUAUCUUGUCGCCAAAGCUGUUCAACCUCCUCCGUGAUCACCCCCGACCUCAAGCGCAACGAACAUUUACCCUUAUUGCAAAGGCGCUGCAAAAGUUAGCAAACUUGUCCAACUUUGGCAAGCGAGAAGAGUGGAUGGAACCUAUGAACCGCUUCUUGAACCUGCAAAGACAAUCUGUUCGUGACUAUAUCGACCAGGUUUGCAGUAUUCCUGCGGAUCGUGAGACCAACAACUUUGUUCCGGCUGGUUACAGCACACCUGUUACUAUCCUUGGCCGCCUGAGUCCGACUUCCAAGGAGGGCUUCCCUAGCCUGCCGUACUUAAUCGACAACACGAGAAACAUGGCAAGCCUCGUUAAGUUAUGGGUGGAUGCAAAACCAGUCGACGACAAGAAGGAACAAGUAGACCAAGAGCUCCUUGCUUUCAACGACGUCUGUUUCGCCCUCCAAGAGCGUGCAGACGCUUGUCUGGCAAAAGUCGAAUCCGAACGCGCCAGCGAAACAGCAACAAACGCCACAACAGAAGACAUCACCGAAUCCCUCGAACAAGCAUCCAUCAUGGAAUCCCUCUCAAUCUCCUACGCCGGCUCCUCAACAGCAUGGAACGACACCUACGAUCCUCCCCCACCCGGCAGCUCAGGCAGCGAAGUCAAUGACGAUAACGCCGCGCAGAACAGCCGCAGACGCAGCAAGGAGCGUCGUCGCCAUCACCACCACCACAGAGAAGGCUGGGAGCACCGCAAGCAGCGACAUGCGAGCGCAGGAGGGAGCGCAAGUGCGGGUAACACGCUCAAGUCUAAGAACGGACGCGUGGGACGCACGAUUCUUAGCGGCAUCAUGCGCAUAGGUGGGCGCGGCGAGAGCCCCGAGGGCAGGGAUUCUCCAAAGCAUCACAAGUAA